AACUCACACAUGCAACCCGACGUCAACCACACUCGCCGACACAUCUUGCCUGAGUGCUGCUCUCCUUCCUGUCGGUUCCCGGGGUGUGUACUGUCAGGUUGCCAUGUCUGGUCUGACUGUUCUUCUCGUCGCAGCGGUCAUCGCAGCACUCUGUGCAGUCUGCUAUGUCUUUAGCCCGAAAGGCGACAAUCAAACUGUCUGGCGCAUGACUUCUAUAUUGACGCUGGUAUCAAUGUAUCUCAUGUGGAUGCUCACAUACAUGGCACAAUUGCAUCCACUUGUCGCGCCACGAAAGGCGAAUGAGCACUAUCAAAAGAGCAGUUGAUGAAGCGAUGGCAAUGUCAUGAAAUGAUGUCGAUACAGAGAUGAAGGAGCUAUGCGAAAUAUGGCUGGGAACCAAGGCGAGUCACACGCAACAGAAGCGCACAGGCAGCAAGCCUCACAAGUGUACUCAAGACUGCAAUGACGGUAGCUGUCAAGACGCCGCAUUCUAGUAGUAUCCGAAGUGCUUCAAUAUUGUAGGCGACCAUGGCACAUUCGACAAGUGCCUCUGCGGUGCGGGAGUCAUAAUUCCAAAUGACCAUAAGGACAGGUAGGAGCUUGACGCAACUACUGAGGAACAAGGCAGUACUGACCAUGUGAGGCUUUCGCCAAUUACACAGUACGCGUGCCAGGCUAAUGGCUGCAACAUGCAGUGCCAGUGUGGAGAGGAGCACAUAGACGAAGAAGUAGCCAUACUGGACCAUCAAC